AUGGAGCGUUUCGAGAUGCGGCCUCCGCCACCCGGCGUGCAGGCAGAUGCACCUGCGCUUUCGCGCACUUUUGUUACACACACAGAGCAGGACGACUUCCUGGCCCGCACAGAUAAUGUCCUCGUAUUUGCUCGAAACUGUAAGCAUGCUAUUGCAUUUUUGGCUUGGCUGCAUAGACGCAUUGAAGAUGCACCAUCUACUAUUAUCAACUGUUAGUGGAAAAAAUCAAAGUUAUCUGCUGUGGGUACAAAUCUAAUAAAAUUAUCCAUGUAUUAUUUAGUUAGCACCAGUUCAAGGCAACCAGAAAAGAUUUUCUAUAAUAAAUUUGCAACUAGGGAACAAUAAAUCUCUCCCUUAUGGCAUGAGCUUAGAUAUGCCAGAAUAACAGCAUCAAAAGCAGGACAUUGUAAGGCAAUGCAUGGUUCUUUGACUGAAGCUAUAAUGGGAUCCUUAAAAUCAAAAGAUACAGAAGCAAUGAAAAGAGGACAAUUAUUAGAAAAUGCUGUUAUUAAGGAAGUAGAAAAUAUAAUGAAAAUAAAGAUUAAUUCAAGUGGAUUGCAUUUGAAUCCCUCAUAUCCUAUCAUAGGAGCAUCACCAGAUGGGGAAAAUGAAAUAUAUACGAUUGAAAUUAAAUGCCCUUCAUCUGGAUAAGCCUUGACAUUAGACUUAGAAAAUAAUUCAGACAUAUCUGCAAAAUAUCAAAAAAUAGUCAUUAUUGAUGUAGAAUAUAACAAGGAGUAUUGUGAAUACCUAUUUGAUAAAUGUACAGCUUUUUAGUGUUAAGCUAUUUUUCCUCUUUUGUUUAAAGAUAAAAAGGAAUAAAAGUAUAUUUAAAGUUA